AUGAGACCGCUGCUGGACGAUGCCAAACGCCGGGUAGACCGACGACUCAGUGCGAGCAUGAAGUCCGCCUCCGCUAACCGCGGGGUCGCCGAUCGACUUCCGGAACGCUUCAAGGAUGGCGACGAUGCCCAGGUCGAUUUCACCGCUCCGCCACGGAGCAUGAGCUCGCGAGAUGGGAAUGUCCAUUAUAUGCAGCAGUCGCUCUUCUCCAUGAUUGCGGCAGUCGGAUCCCGGGCGGAUUUUCAUGCGCGGUUCGACGAGUCGAGCGAUAGUGAUGGAGAAGCUGAGGAACAUCCACCGAAAGAGUCGCCGGCCGACCCAGUCUCACCGGAGCGGAUACCAGAAGACUCAAAACUGCCGACCGACAUCGAAGGGAGAGGACGCCGCCACCGGAGGACCAUAUCGGAUAACAGGCUUCUGCGGAAACAGCCCAAGCUGGGCUCGGAGAACAGAGCAAAUGAAUCUUCAACACAAAGCGGGUCGUCCGUCGUGAUUUCUCCAAGGCGCGCCCGCAGUAUGACACCUCGAGCAGCUCCGGUUCUCAGCCGCAUGGUCGAAGCCCAGACUCGAUUUGACACGACUUCUUCCACGACGACAAGUCCAACUCGUUCCAGCAAGCCUCCCCAAGACCGUCCACCAUCCUCCUCGUCAGCACUGUCCACAAGACUAAUGCAGAUGUUCGGGUUUGACACCCCCGAGAAAGUGCUGGUCGAAUACCCUUGCUCGCUAUUGCAAAGCAUGCUCCUCCAGGGCUACAUGUACGUUACCGAGGGACAUAUCUGUUUCUACGCCUACCUUCCGAAGAAGUCCAACGUCGCUAUCAAGUCGGGCUACCUCUCGAAGCGCGGCCGCAAGAACCCGAAAUAUAAUCGCUACUGGUUUGCCCUCAAGGGCGAUGUGCUUUCUUAUUACGCCGAUCCUUCCAACCUUUAUUUUCCCAGUGGCCAUGUCGAUCUCCGAUACGGCAUCUCCGCCUCCCUCGCAGACCCAAAGGGUAAAAGUGGCGACGUGAAGGACUUUCAGGUCACUACCGAUCAACGGACCUAUCUUUUUCGAGCGGACAGUCCCAUGAGUGCAAAGGAAUGGGUGAAAGCUCUGCAGAAAGUUAUCUUCCGAACGCAUAACGAAGGGGAUAGUGUCAAGAUCUCAUUUCCCAUCGCCAACGUGAUAGAUUUGGAGGAGAGUCCGAUGGCCGACUUUGCCGAAACCUUCAAGAUUCGGGUUGUCGAUAGUGGCGAGACAUAUGCAAUCGACGAGUACUUUUUCUCAUUCUUCAACUACGGGCAAGAUGCUUUCAACUAUAUUAAGAACUUGGUCAAUGAUUCUACGAAGAGCGUGCGGGAAGAAUCAUCGGAGCAUCCAGAUGCAAGUGCGCGAAAGAGGCUGUCUAUAAGUAGUGGGCGAUUGGCUGGUCAAAAGCAACAUGACUUGCCACGGAGACGUAGCGCAAGUACCGGACAAGAGGAACUUGGGUCUCCGAAGCAGCAGGAUUCGUCAGAUUCUUUCGUUGCAGCGUGUGCUGAGCCGUCACCAAUUUUUCAGUCGAUGACGGAUACCAAUGAGUCUGCGAGCCAAAUCUUGAACCGCAGCGAUGUUUUUCAAUCGCCUACCAUGCGCAGCUUGCGGAGGCGUUCUUCUGAUGCAGGCGAUGCUCUUGUACGACGCUCGGAUGAGACAGCUCGUUCCGCGUCCGCACUCGCCAGGUCGACUCCACUGGAGAGAACCGUGGAGAACAUCUAUCCUGCACCCGCCGAUGCUGCUCAACCCGUAUCACGUACAGGGCCUCCUUUGAACGACAUUGUCAAAGCUGGAGCAUAUCCACUUCAGCGAGCUGCUGGAUUCGCCGAAUAUCUGAAAAGUCGAUCAAAACAGAUGAGCAGUCUGUUGGCAACCGAGUCCAUGGGCUAUUUCGAAAAGGUUUCUGGCAUGUGGACCGGCGGUCAGCAGCACUAUGGGGAGACCGAAGGAGUGCUAGCCGAAGAUCUCAAUGUUGAUCCCGAGGACAAAGACGGUGGCUUCAACUACGGUGACCGGUUUCGAGCACAUUUUGCGCUUCCAUCAACCGAACGGCUGCAGGCCACUUAUUUUGCGUACCUGCACCGGGUGCUCCCGCUGUAUGGCAAGAUCUACAUUAGUCAGAGGAAGUUAUGUUUCCGCAGUCUGAUCCCCGGCACUCGGACCAAGAUGAUCCUCCCAUUCAAGGAUAUCGAGAAUGUCGAAAAGGAAAAAGGCUUCCGGUUUGGCUACCACGGUCUUGUUGUCAUCAUCCGUGGCCACGAGGAGCUCUUCUUCGAGUUCAAUGCGGCAGAUGCUCGGGACGACUGUGCGGUCACAUUGCACCAGAACCUCGAGUCCAUUAAGUUCAUGGUGGAAUCUGGCAUGCUGGCGGAAGCGGAGCGAGAAGAAGCCGAGGCAGCCCAAGCUGAGCAUCGUAUGCUGCAAGAGGCGAGGCUUGAUGGUCCUGAGGAGCCUGACAACCGUCCCACGCCCGCAGAGGACUCCUCGGAGAUUCAUCCCUUCUUUGACGAUCCGCGUGCUUCGAUUAUCAACUUCAAACCCGCAGAGUCGCUGAGGAUUACAUGUCUGACCAUCGGCUCCCGAGGCGACGUGCAGCCGUAUAUUGCCCUGUGCAAGGGCCUUCUCGCCGAAGGCCAUCGGCCCAAGAUUGCAACGCACGCCGAGUUUGAGCCCUGGGUCCGGCGACAUGGCAUCGAAUUUGCCCCUGUGGAGGGUGAUCCUGCCGAACUCAUGCGUAUUUGCGUGGAAAACGGCAUGUUCACCUACUCCUUCCUGAAGGAAGCAUCGCUGAAGUUUAGAGGGUGGAUCGAUGACCUCUUGUCGUCUGCCUGGACAAGUUGUCAAGACAGCGAUCUUCUCAUCGAGUCGCCGAGCGCAAUGGCAGGGAUCCAUAUCGCGGAGGCACUUCGAAUACCUUAUUUUCGCGGCUUUACCAUGCCCUGGACCAGAACCCGAGCGUAUCCUCAUGCGUUCGCGGUGCCCGAGCACCGAAUGGGCGGCGCAUACAACUAUAUCACGUAUGUCAUGUUUGACAACAUUUUCUGGAAGGCUAUUGCAGGUCAAGUCAACCGGUGGCGCAAUACCGAGCUGGGGUUGAAGGCUACCAGUCUAGAUAAAAUGCAGCAGAACAAGAUUCCUUUCUUGUAUAAUUACUCGCCUUCUGUUGUGCCGCCGCCCCUCGACUACCCAGACUGGAUCCGGAUUACGGGGUAUUGGUUCCUGAACGAGGGCUCCACCUGGACGCCACCAACGGAGCUAUCAGACUUCAUCACGCGUGCUCGGGCCGACGGCAAGAAGAUUGUGUAUAUUGGGUUUGGGUCGAUCGUGGUAUCAGAUCCCUCCGCAUUGACACGCACAGUCAUCGAGUCAGUCCAGAAGGCAGACGUCCGCUGCAUCCUCUCCAAAGGAUGGUCAGACCGUCUUGGCGACCCAUCCAGCGCAAAGCCCGAGAUCUCCUUGCCGCCAGAGAUAUACCAGAUCCAAGCUGCGCCUCACGACUGGCUCUUCUCUCAGAUCGACGCGGCCGCCCACCACGGCGGUGCCGGAACGACGGGUGCAAGUCUGCGCGCGGGACUUCCGACUAUCAUCAAGCCGUUCUUUGGCGACCAGUUCUUUUGCGGAUCCCGGGUCGAGGACCUGGGCGUGGGCAUCUGCAUGAAGAAGCUAAACGUCAGCAUCUUCUCCAGGGCGCUCUGGGAGGCUACGCAUAGCGAGCGGAUGAUUGUCAAGGCCCGGAAUUUGGGGAUCCAGAUUCGCAAUGAAGACGGGGUUUCCGUCGCAAUCCAAGCUCUCUACCGCGACCUCGAAUACGCAAGGACUCUCGCCCGCCAACGCUCCAUCGCCUCGUCUACUCCCUUCUCCCCGACCCCGUCAGCCAAGGUCUCCCCAGAUGAGGCAGACGACGACCUGGACGAUAUCGAGGAGUGGACGUUCGUCGGCGACGAGACAGACAUCGACAUCUCCAAACGCAUGCGCGAGCGCGCAGCCUCCGACGCGGAGAAGUUGGGGUCCUCUUAA